AUGGAUGUCCCUGAGCCCGAGCAGUCUCCCUUCACGGCCGUGACGACCCAGACCAAUAAACUGACCCGGGUUUAUCAAUCCUACCUGGACGCGUCGACCCCGUUUACAACCUACCGUUGGGUGGGCACAGGAGUGCUGUUGUUCGUUUUCUUCUUGAGGAUCGUCUUCGCACAGGGCUGGUACAUCGUCGCGUACACGCUCGGCAUCUAUCUCCUGAACCUCUUCCUCGCCUUCCUGACCCCCAAGUUCGACCCAUCGCUUACCCAGGACGAGGGCCUGGAGGACGGCGAUGCGGGCGGCUCGCCCAGCCUCCCGACGAAGCAGGACGAUGAGUUCCGGCCCUUCAUCCGCCGGCUUCCCGAGUUCAAGUUCUGGCACGCGGCCACCCGCGCUAUCACCAUUGGCUUUGUCUGCUCGUGGUUCGCCGUCUUCGACAUCCCCGUGUUCUGGCCCGUGCUGGUGGUCUACUGGAUCAUUCUGUUUGUGUUGACCAUGCGCCGACAAAUCCAGCACAUGAUCAAAUACCGCUACGUGCCCUUCUCUUUCGGCAAGACGCGGUACGGCCGCUCAUGA